UGACACUCGCCUAACUUAGAAUAUUUUCUUUGCUAGCUUCUGUCAGUUGGCAACAAUCGCUACUGUUGUCUUGCGCCUAUACUGUUAGUAUAAUACUAGCAUCGGCGGCGGGGCGCAACGAUAGUCACGACUAUGUCAGCUACGAGAAGGCAUGGCAAGACUGAUGGAUGUUGGACAUGUAAACUCCGCCGCAAAAAGUGCGAUGAACAUCGCCCAAUAUGCGGAGAUUGCAAUAGCCUGGAGAUCGCCUGUAUCUAUGGACCGAGGCCAACUUGGAUGAAUGGCGAGGAGCAACAACGACAGAAGAUUGCCUUGCUCAAGAAUGAAAUUAAACGGAAUGCAGCAAACCGAAGGGAGAAAGCCAACACCUCCAGCACAAUUGCGCACGGUGUUACCACUCAUCAAUUCAACAUCAUCUCUGAUAUGGUGGUAUCGAACAACUUAUUGCCGAGCGAACCUAUGGACUCUACUAUGUCAGACGACCAAAUAACGACCCCAGAGAACAACUCAGCACGUGCGCUAUUUCUAUCGCUGCCCUAUGAUCACCAACAAGUUGGGGAACCUUCUGCCAUCGAGACAGACUUCAUUAUGAAAUACCUCGAUUUCGUGUUCCCCGCCCUAUUUCCAUUCUAUCGGACAACUCUAUUCGAUCCAGGCCGUAGCUGGUUACUACUAUUGUUGAGGAAGAGCAAGAUAGCUCAUCAUUCUGUUGUCAGCCUGUCGUGUUAUUUCUUCACCAUGGCCCUCACCGAUGCUGACAGUGGAGGAGAACAUACAGACUGUAAAGAACUGCGCUGGAAAGAAGUGGAGCAGCAUACCAACAAGUCUUUUGACAGCCUUAGAACGGAUGUGUUAGCACUGGACUUGAACCUGGAAGGCACGCCAACAACGAAAUCAGAGAAGGUAGAAAUUUUGGAGAGUAUUGUCCAGGUUCUCAUUUUCGAGACAGCAUUGGGCAAAUCCGCUCCCUGGAAUUCGCAUCUCCCUCCUGCGUUCGCCUUAUUUGAACAAAUCAUGGCCCGCUCUGGCCCGUCUCACCAAGUUCAGGGCGAAUCGAAGCUCGCCUCGGUGCUGCUAGAGAUUGGACAGCCUCUGUGGACCAGGCCCGGGCACAACAGUCACGUCUGGUCACCUGAGCAGUCUGGUUUUCGAUUCUGUGCCGGCUUACUGAUCUUUAUUGACGUCCUGGCAAGCACUGCUAUUCAAGAAACACCGAAACUUCUCGGCUACCAUCCCGAUAUCCUUGCUCGUAUAGAUGAGGGGACAUCUGCUAUAAACGACGCUGAAGUCCGACUCUCGACCAUUGUUGGUUGCCGCAAUUGGGUCGUCCGAUCAAUCGCCGAAAUAUCCGCCUUGAAUUCCUGGAGACGGGAGCGACUCGAAUCCAACAGCCUUCCUAUUAUAGAACUCGUUGACCGCGCCUCGGUCAUUACAAAUAAUCUGAGAAACGGUAUUCUUGGAAUUCAAAUCGAUCCCAACGCCAGUCCUCUGUCAUAUCUAACUCGUUGCGACGCAAGUCCCAGUCCUUCGGUUUCUUCCAAAUCAACUCUCAUUUGGGCACAUGCAGCACAACUGUACCUUACAGUUGUAGUUUCUGGCUGGCAACUAUCUAAUACGGAAAUUAGGGCUGGUGUUGCUCAGAUCAUCGGAUUGCUUCACACCGUUCCGGCAUACCAAUUGCGUGCUCUCGCCUGGCCACUGUGCGUCGCUGGCUGUCUAGCGCUGGAAUCAGAGGAACCGUUGUUCAUAACGUUAUUGUCAAAUCAAGCUAAAGUCUACACAGCUGGGGCAUUGGAUGAUGCACGCCAGAUCAUGGAGAAGGUGUGGCAGAUCAGACCAAUGCUGGAUCCUACCACGUGGAAUCUCGCAUCUUGUUUCAGCAUUUUGGGAUCUCCAGUCCUGCUCGCAUGAACAUCGCGUUGAGUGAAAGAAUGAAGUGUGAAUUUCUGUAA